AGCUUUUUUCCAUCGUUUUUCAAUCCAAACAUGGCUUGCCUUUCCUACUGUUCGUCGAGCACAGAGUUCGUCCCAUCACCUUGCGGUUCAAUUUCGCGAUUUCGAAACCUAUUUUAUUUUCAGUUCGAUCGAUCUGUUUCCAUCGAUCAGGUUGAGAGAUCUGUUUCUCCACUUAGACUCCAUUAAUCAACCUGUUUCCAGCCCCAUGGCUCCUUCCCCAGAAAGAAGCACCCAGAACCGAUUACAAAAGCGCCUGUCCGCAGAACCCUCUGAUCUCUCCGGAAUCAUCGACGCAAUAUCUCAUAAAGCUUGCCCCAUAUGCCUCUGUGAAAUCGAGCCGGGCCGGGCCGGAUUCCUUCCACUGUGCAGACAUGCUUUUUGCGCGGGUUGCAUCCGCAGGUGGAGCGGAUACAAGCGCGUGUGUCCACUUUGCAAGGCUCCCUUUGGCUCUUCACUCCUCGUGAUUGAUCUCUCCUCUCGAACCCUCAAGAAAACUGCACUGGAUUAUGGUCCGCCGUCCUUAGGUUUUCCGGCACGACGGAGAAACCCCUCCGAGGAGCUGAGGUUUAUAAGAAGAAGAAGAAGAAGAAGAGCAUGCCGGAAUACCCAAUGCUCAAGAACGAGAGAAUAUCCGAGGAUGAGGUCAUUUGGCACAUUGGAUGAUGCAAGCCUCGGUGUCAUCAAGGAGAGAAAACUUCAAUGGCGGGAAAGUAUAUAUGAAAUGAAAUUGCAGGCUGUCCCUUUCGCAUCUAAGAGUCGUGUUUUAGAGAAAAUGGAGGACAAUAAUGGGGUUAAAGCUAUGGUCGUACAAAGAAUAGAGCCAUGGAUACAGAGGGAGCUUGAGGCUAUACUUCACGACCCCAAUCCAUCCGUUAUUGUACAUGUUGCCACCUCACUUUUUGUCUCCACAAAUGGGAGAAGUGGCCAAUCUUCUUCCAGAGAACGAUACACGAGGGAUGAAUUUCUUACCCCUCUCAGGCCUUUCUUGCACGAUACAGCUGAACUGUUCUGGCACGAGCUUAGAUGUUUCGCUGAGAGCCCUUUCUCUAUUGAGACAUAUGAUACUGUGGUGGAGUAUAAAUCGCCGGACCAAACCUAGAGAACAUCAUGGUUCACGAAAGAGUGCAGGUUUCUUGGAGCGGGACUAGAGUUGGUCACGGUCCUUGGUUAGAUCACGAACCAUAUCAGAACGAGUUGCUAACGUGAACUGGAGAAACAAUCGGUUCCGUGUUACUUUUAUGGUUUGCAAAAGAAAAAAGGGAACCAAAGACCAUGAGAACCAUAGUGAUCCAGUUUGGAACCAAAGAUGAUUAGUCUUUAUCAUGAUUUGAGUUGGGUCAUUAAAUUAGUUGCUUAUGCAUUGUACAUUUGUAGGAUAGUUGGGUCAUGUACUUGUAAAUUGAGUUGUAUUUUUUAUUAUUUUAUUUUUUUUGCAUAAGAGAAACUACUAUGCUGACAUAUGGGCCGGCUUAGGGCUGAAUGUUUGAGCAAACAAGGCCUAAAAACCCAUAAACGGCCAGGCCAACCGGAAACAUUUCAUCUCCUUCCGAAGGCCAAAGCUCCAUAGUCGGCCGGUGGCAGCUCCCGCCCAGGCAAUCGGAAACCAGACUUCCCACGCUAUUCACCCCAUCUUUUUGUUCCAAACCCAAAGCCCCGCAGUUGUGCCAUAUUCCGAGAGUGGUCCAUUAUUCAAGUUGGGCCGAGAAUGGGUUCUGGAUUGAUUAACGCUAACCCCAUUAUUUAUGAGAAGAAGGAACGCCGAGCACGAUGUGCACCCAUUGUUGUUGAUGAAUAUGCAGUGGAGCCAAUUGACCAAGAAGAAAUAUUUGAUAUCCUU